AUGACAGAGUCUUCAGUCUACCACGAUGAUGUUCCUGGUACCGUUCGUCUCGUUGACAUCAACGGGAUGAACUCGUCCGGGCCCCACGACUCUCACCACAAGGACAUUGUCCUCGUUCCUCGCCCAAGCUCUGAUCCGAAUGACCCCCUCAAUUGGCCCCCUCGUCGAAAACUUUUGGCCGUCAGCAUGUCUUAUCUUUAUGUCCUUGGAACUGGUAUAGCAACAUCUCUUCAAUACUCUGUCCUGGCGGAUAUCACAAAGGAUACCGGCAUUUCCACUGCAAAUCUCGUCCAGGGAACAGGUGUCAUGUUCCUAUUCUUUGGCUGGGCUUGCCUGAUUUGGCAACCGAUCGCUCUAACAUAUGGAAGGCGUGGGGUAUAUCUUACUACCAUGUUGCUUACGAUUCCGAUAAUGGUUUGGACUGCCUACUCUACGUCUGCUGGGGAAUGGUUUGCCCACAGGAUCUUAAUCGGUAUCGUUGUAUCUCCAAUUGAGUCUUUGUGUGAGGUUACCGUGUUCGAUCUUUUCUUCGCCCAUAAUCGUGGCACCUACAUGAGUCUCUACGUGGCCAUUCUCUUUGGGUCCAACUUUCUUGCCCCUCUCGUCGCAGGCUGGUUCAACGAUGCUUUCGGAUGGAGAUGGACGAUGCAUUUUGGAGCAAUUAUAUGCGCAAUUUGCUUCUUAAUACUAUUCUUCUUUAUGGAAGAAACGAUGUAUUUCCGCGGCGCCUCACUCGAAAGUCAACAAGCUACUGAUACCGAGCAUCAGGACUUGGGGACGUCCAAGGCCGACGAAAAAGGAUAUGAAGGAUCGCCAAGAAACUCUCUGCCCUCUUCUUCUUCGAUCAUCUACGAGGAUAUUAACUCCGGCUGCGGGAAAUACACUUGGUUCAAAGCUGUGACGGGUCGACCGAGUAACACAGACAUGCUACGAAUGGUCUACCGGCCUGUCCUUAUGAUCUUCCAGUUCCCAACGGUUGCGUGGGCUGGGUUUCUCUAUGGAAUCAAUCUUGCCUGGUAUAAUGUAUUGAAUGGAACCGCCAGCCCCGUCUUGUCAAGCAAUCCGUACAAUUGGAAUGCGGCACUGGUUGGUUGUGUAUAUGUAGGGCCGAUCAUUGGAGCAGCCGUUGCUUGUCUCUGGGUUGGAAAGGCCGCAGACUGGAUCGCUCUGUGGCUAGCACGCCGCCAUGGGGGUAUCAGGGAGCCCGAGCAACGUCUUUGGGUGCUUCUUCUAUCAGGUAUCAUCUCAUCAGCAGGUCUCAUCACAUGGGGUGUUGGUGCAUACUAUCACGUUCACUGGAUCGGCCUCGUGUUUGGUCUAGGUAUGCUGACGGUUGGAUGUGUUGCCGGUGGUGCAAUCGCUGUCAGCUACAACGUCGAUUGCUUCAAGGAGAUCGCAGGUGAAACCACUGUCUCUAUUAUGUUAAUUCGCAAUACGAUUGGCUUUGGCUUCAGCUAUGCUAUUACGCCAUGGUGGACAACCCAGGGGCUGAAGAACUGCUUUAUCACGGCAGCUAUGAUCUCACUUGCUUGCACACUUACCUUUCUCGUCAUGAUCGUUUACGGGAAGCGAAUUCGACGAUGGUCUAUUCCAUCCUAUCGAAGGUAUAUGGCUAGCAUGGCAGUUUCCCAUGAAUGA